GAUGGGUCCCGAAAUUCUAUAAAAGACCGAUGGUCCAUCGCUCUUCCCACUUCUCAUCAUCCGGCUCCGUUCUUUCGAACACAUCCUCAUCCCACCUUCUUCAAACCAACCACCAUCAGCCGCAACCUUCUUCGCUCGAUUCUUUCGCUUAGUCAACAACUUCUCUUACUCUCGAUUUCAAUCACCUUUCGAAAUCAAUCAACAUGAAGGCCACGUUCAUCCUCGCUGCCUCCAUCGUUCCUUUCAUCCUCAGCGCCGCCGCUGCUCCCGCUCCCCAGAAUGCGGUUGCUGCCGGAUUCAAGAAGUUCGAGCAGCCCAAGAAGAACGAGUUCAGCAACAAUGAGUUCCAGAAUAACAAUGCCAACAACAACCAAAACCAUCAUGCUGAGAAGAAGAACGCUAAUAACGAGAACAACUUGAAAAAGGAUCACAUCCAAGCCAAUCAGAAAAACCAGGCGGUUGCCAAAAAGAAUCAAGAGAACAACUUCAAAAAGGAUCACAAGAACCAAAACAACAAGAAUCAGUUCAACAAUGCCAAUAAAGAGGACAGCAACAACUGGAACCAGAACAAUGCCAAGAAGCAAGACAACAAGCAAUUCAACAAGAAGGAGGUUGAAGCUGCUGACGUCGAUGCUGAGGAGGUUCAGGCCGCUGGGAUUGGCUUCGGUGGCUUUGAUGGUUUUGGGAAGAAGAAAGACGGUUUCGGCUUCGGCGGUGGCAAGAAGAAGGACCAGGGUUACGGCUACGGAAAGAAGCACGGGAACGCCUACGGGAACACCUACUACAAGAAAUAUGAUGCCGAGCCCGCUGAGGUCGAAGCGGCUGGAGUCGAGCCCGCUGAGGUCGAAGCGGCUGGAAAAUACGGCGGCUACGGUGGUUAUGGCGGCUACGGUGGUUACGGCGGCUACGGUGGUUUCGGCCCCUACGGUGGUUACGGCGGCCACGGUGGUUACGGCGGUUUCGGCUACCUUGAAGCCGAGCCCGCUGAGGUCGAAGCGGCUGGUUACGGCGGCUACGGUGGGAAGAAGGGCGGCCCCUACGGUGGGCCCUACGGUGGAAAGAAGGGCGGCCCUUACGGUGGGCCCUACGGUGGGAAGAAGGGCGGCCCCUACGGUGGAAAGAAGGGUGGCCCCUACGGUGGAAAGAAGGGUGGCUACGGAGGAUUCAAAAAGGACGCCGACGUCGAGGAAGUGGAAGCCGCUGGAUUCAAGAAGGGCUUCCCCGAAAAGAAGAAGAAUGAAUACAACAACAACCACUACGCCAACAAUAACCAGAACCAAAACAACGAACAUCACAAUGAGAAGAAGAACGCCAACAACGAAAACAACCUCAAGAAGGAUCACGUCGAAGCGAACCAGAAAAAUCAAGCGUUGAAAAAGGUCAACCAGCAGAACAACUUCAAGAAGGAUCACGAAAACCAGAACAACAAGAACCAGUUCAACAACGCUCAAAAGAAAGACCAGAACAACUGGAACCAGAACAACGCGAAAAAGCAAGACAACAAGCAAUUCAACAAGAAGGAGGUCGAAGCUGCUGACGUCGAUGCUGAGGAGGUUGAAGCCGCCGGAUUCAAGAAAGGAAAGAAUGAGUGGAACAACCAUGAUUUCCAGAAGAACAAUAACAACAAUAACAACGAACAUCACGCGGAGAAGAAGAGUAAGUCAGGCCGUUCUCCCGCUAGAUGUGUAGACCGCUUAAUCUUUCCAUCUCCCGCUCUCAGACGCCCUGAACCAAAACAACGAGCAGAAGGAUCACAUCGUUCGUAUCACAACAUUCAGAGCAACCUCCCGCUCAGGACACACUACUCACCACUCUUGAACACAACGUUUCCAGCAAGCAAACCAGAAGAAUCAGGAGUUGAAGAAGGUCAACCAAGAGAACAACUUCAAGAAAGAUCACGGUCUGUUCCAUUGCUUGCAGGCCAAUCUCUUCCCUCAACAUACUCACGUUGAUAUCUUCCCAACAGCGAACCAAAACAACAAGAAUCAGUUCAACAAUGCCAAGAAGAAGGAUAGCAGUGAGUGCCUCUCCAUCCUGACUUUCUCCUGACAUAGCCUUCUCACCAUCCCUUGCAGACAACCAAAACAACAACAAUCAGAAGAAGCAAGAUCAGAAGCAGUUCAACAAAUACUGAGCUA